CUUUUGUAAGCUGCAAAAGUUUAUUCGUCCUCAAAAUAAAUAGAAACUCACGAAAGAAAAAAAAAAAAAAACUGUAUGAUCUAUCAGUUGGUGGAGAAAAUCAGCAAAUUAUUGAUUACUUGGUGCAAUCUGGAAUUCUGAAUGCGAUUCUUAAGUCAUUGGUUUUCUGCAGAGGAGGAAGUGAAAGAUAAUAUUAUCCAAAAUCUGGUAUGGUGCUGUUGUUAAUUUCUCUUCCUACAUAUUAUGGAGGCUGAUCUGUGAGCCAAACUGCAGCGGACUUGGUGGAGGAAUCCUUGAAUUAGUCUUUACUUGUACAAUUUGAAACCAAUUCAAAGAAGACAGAGUGACAUAACAGAGCAGAAGCACUGAAACGAUGCUAUCUAAACUCUUGUACUCUUUGCUUCCAUGUUUGAGAAUGGAGGAAAAAUAUGCUUUGGAUAAUGGAAGCAAAUUAUUAGAGGAUCUGAUUGCUUCUUGUGAUGGAAAAUCUAAUCCCAUUCGCCAUUACUCUGCUGAUGAACUUGUCAGGGCAACUAACAACUUCCAUCCUUCUUGUCGUAUAUCUGGUGGAUACGAUUUAUAUAAGGGUUUUCUAGACAACCGAUUGGUUAUGAUUAAUUGUGUGGAAACUUCAACUUUGCAUGAGCGCUGGAGAGAUAUGGCUAUUCGUGACAUUAUAAUAUCGAUGCAGAUGAGCGCUCAUAAGAAUGUUUUGAAACUGUUGGGCUGCUGCUUAGAGUUCCAUGUACCGGCUCUGGUGCACGAAUAUGCAGCGAAAGGAGUUCUCAACUCUGAAGGAGGUUAUGGGGAUAAUGAGUCCCUCCCAUGGAAAACUAGACUACGUAUUGCGAAGCAGCUUGCAAAUGCAAUAACAUAUCUCCAUACAGCCUUCCCCAGACCCAUCAUUCAUAGAAACCUAAAGCCCUCAUGUAUUUUCUUGGACCAUGACUUUUCCCCCAAAUUAUGUGACUUCUCACGUUCCAUGACCAUUCCUCCUGAGCAAUCACAUGUCAUAGAAAGCGCAAGGUCUGGAACGGUUGGGUACCUUGAACCUGCGUUUGGUUACGUUACAGAAAAGACUGAUGUUUAUAGCUUUGGUGCCAUUUUACUUGUUUUCUUGAGUGGACAAAUACCUUAUCAAGUAUAUCAAGCAGGAGAAGAUUUCGACCUUGCGUCAUAUGCGAAAUUACAUGCCUCUGAUGACCAGUUCCAUACGAUUGUGGAUCCUAAAAUACUUGAGGAGUUAAAAGGAGAAGAUGAGCAAGCACAACAGCAGCAGUUGCAUGAUUUCCUAGCACUGGCAUUGUUAUGCACUCAAUUCGAAAGUGAACGAAGGCCAGAUAUGAUCGAUGUGGCCAAAGAACUUGUACGAAUUGAGAAGUCUAUCAAUCCUUGUUAGCCACUUUAUCCGUUACAUUUGGGAGGUGAAUCUGAUGAAGUAAAUGAUUGAUUCUGAGGGUCUUUUUUUGUUGUCUGCACGGUAGGUGUUUGUGAUAAUGCCUCAAUGAACCGAGAUCCUUGUAUUGUGAAUUUGUUGUAUGAAAUAUAGUAGAGGUGAUUCAGAUGUCCAUUUUGAUUGUGUUUGAUCACGAAAAGGGGUAAAGGGAAUCUGGACAUGUAAUCAGUAGAUCUAACCAAUACUGUGGAAGCUAGACUUAUUUGCUAAUUUAGAGAUUAAUUUGCUGCUUUGCAUUC